CCGAGGAGCUCGAUGGAUCUGUGUUAGCUGCGUCCUGUGGCCAGAAGAUGCUGAAGCCACGAACAGCCACACAUUCAAAGCCAAGGCUGCGAGGCAAGCAGAGCCUUGCCCUGUUUGUCAUGAGAACGAGAGCACAAAUGGGACAGCCUGUGAUGUGUGCAGGUUAACGUGCCACAGGGAGUAUGAGCGAAAGGUAGCGGCUUCCUGUGUGUCUCCAAUCAACUAUGAGCUGCCAUCCAGUCCUGAGGUUACUCCGAGCCAUGUAGAGAGCAUGGGUUCUACCAAAUCCUCCAAAAGUCUUCAGUCAAGACCCAGACUGUCCAGGAGCACAAGUCUGGUACAAACCAUGGAGGAGCCAUCGGACGUCGACCUGACCUACAUCACCGAACGGAUCAUCUCCGUCUCCUUCCCCAGCAGCGUGGAGGAGCACAGUUACCGUGGGAACCUGAGGGAAGUGGCACAGAUGCUGUUGUCCAAACAUGGUGACAAUUACCUGAUCUUUAACCUGUCCGAGAGACGUCAUGAUAUCAGCAAAUUCAAUCCCAAGGUGCUGGACUUCGGAUGGCCUGAUCUCCACGCUCCGGCUCUGGACAAGAUCUGCAGUAUAUGUAAAGCCAUGGACACCUGGCUGAACUCCGACUGCCAGCAUGUGGUCGUUAUCCACAACAAGGGUAACCGAGGAAGGAUGGGUGUGGUGAUCGCUGCUUACAUGCACUACAGCAACAUCUCAGCCAGUGCGGACCAGGCUCUGGACAGAUUCGCCAUGAAGAAGUUCUAUGAAGAUAAAGUGCUGCCGGUCGGGCAGCCCUCCCAGAGGAGGUACGUCCAUUACUUCAGUGGCCUCCUGACCGGCUCCAUUAAGAUGAACAACAAACCUCUCUUCCUGCAUCAUGUCAUCAUGCACGGCGUACCCAGCUUCGAGUCUCAACACGGUUGCCGUCCCUUCCUGCGGAUUUACCAGGGGAUGCAGCCGGUCUACACCUCGGGCAUCUACACCGUCCCGAGUGACGGUCAGAACAGUGUGUGCAUCACCAUCGAGCCCGGCCUCAUGCUCAAGGGAGAUAUCCUGCUGAAAUGCUACCACAAGAAGUUCCGCAGCCCGAGCAGAGAUGUGGUGUUCCGGCUGCAGUUCCACACCUGCGCUGUCCACGACCUCGGUCUGGUCUUCGCUAAGGAGGACCUGGACGAUGCCUUCAAAGAUGACAGAUUCCCUGAAUACGCCAAAGUGGAGUUUGUCUUCUCGUUUGGCCCAGAGAAGAUCCGAGGUAUGGAGCACCUGGAAAAUGGACCGAGUGUAUCUGUGGACUACAAUACGUCAGACCCCCUAAUCCGUUGGGAUUCGUACGAAAACUUCAAUGUCCAUCGGGAGGACAGUAUGGAAGGUGUGAUUCACACCCAGGGCCCACUCGACGGCAGUCUGUACGCCAAGGUCAAGAAGAAGAACUCGACUGAUGGAAGCUUGGGCACUGGCAUUGGCAACGGCAUUGGGAACGGCACCGCCCUCUCCGCCAUCGCCAGCAGCACUGCCCUCCCCGAGAUCGCCAACGGCAGCUCACUCUGCGGAAUCGCCAACGGCAGCGCUCUCUCCGGCGUUCCCAACCACAUCGAGCACACGCUAUCAGUGAGCAGCGACUCCGGCAACUCCACAGCCUCGACCAAGACCGAGGAGCAGUCGGCAGCCGCGGCCCAGGGCAUCACUCCGGAGGAGAAGCAGGAGCUCGAGCGGCUGCUCUGUGGCUUCGGUCUCGCCAACGAGCGGCAGAUGCACAACAUGGCUGCCAGUGGGGGGUGCGGGGCGGGAGGCCGGCAGGUGCUGGUGCCCGCCCUGGUCCACGUGAACGGUGAAGGAGCCCUAGCACUCGGCGCCGAGAGGGAGACCGACAUCCUGGACGAUGAUCUGCCCAACCAGGACCUGAACAAUGUGGACGGUCUCUCUUGCCUGACCAGCCCCAGCCACACAGCCCAGCACGGCCUGCUCACCACCCUCCACACAGACUACCCCAAGCCACUGCCCAGGCACCACAGCCUGAGCCAACUGGAGCAGCGCCAGGGAGAGGACAUCAGGCCCUCACUGCCCACUGCUCACCUGGCCUGCACUCUGCCCAGCUGGCAGCCACAGCCCCAGCUGGAGCUCUCCUACCCCCCGGGGCACAACGCCAUGUACCGCUCCCAGUCCUUCAGCGGCCCGCAGAGCAGCCAGUGCCAGGCUGGUGCUCGCCUGCCCCAGACCCCUGCACGCAGCACCAGCAGCCGAGAGGCCGUGCAGCGGGGGCUGGGCACCUGGCAACAGCAGGCCCCCCCGGGAAGGGCUCGAUCCCCCUCACAGCAACCGGAGGCGACCCUGGAGAUAGCCAUGCCCUCCCUCAGGACACAAAGCCCCCACCACAGCGCCUCGGAAUCACAGCUCCAGAGCCACAGCAUCCCGGAGUUCCCCCGUAUGGCCUCCCAGCAGGAGAUUGAGCAGUCCAUCGAGGCCCUCAAUAUGCUGAUGCUGGACCUGGAACCGUCCAUAUGCCUGCCGCCCGGGGGGGUCUCAGCACCGGAGAGCAGACCAGGCCGCUCGGACCCCUGGCAGCCCCCACUCAGUGCCCACGCUCUCGGCCUCCAACACAGGCUGACUAAUGGCUUCUCUGCCACUCCAGGAGCUGGCACAUACACUGUGCCCAGUCACCGUGCUCCAGCCAGCACCGAGCCAGCAGCCACCUACAGCGGGGGCAGAGCGCUGGCACAGCCGGCCUGGGGCAGGGACCCCUGUACUGAGCGCCAGCCCAGCCCUGGGCAGCCACACAACCUCUCUACAGCUACUCCCUCCACCAGCUGCCCACCAGAGCCUCUGCCCAGACCGCCGUCAACAGCUCCUCAUCCCCAAUCCCCCUACCCGUCUCCUACCCCUCCCUCACACCCGCCACCCAGCCUAUCCAUCUUAGCCCCGGGCACGUACCACCAGCCCGUCAAGUCUGCCAGCUUCGACAGUGCCGGCAGGACCCCCGAGGACGAGCUGUUCAAUUGGGAGGGGCUGGUCGCUCAACGUGUGGCAGAGUACAACGCCAGGAUCUCCAGUCUCAGCAGCUGUGGGAGCCCUGCUCCAACCUUCCACCGCCAGAGGUCUCUCUCUUUCUCCGGGAUGAGAUCACACGGGACAAGUCCGGAGGAGAUGGGCAUCGCUCCACGGAGACGAACGACCAGUGAGGGGCAGUACGAGAACACGGGGAGAGAUGCCGGCUACAGGAGCCCCCCGUACCGCUCCCCAGUGCGCUGUGUCUCACCCGAGGUGGUCAACACAAUUGCUGCUAACCCCGGUGGCAGGCCGAGAGAGCCGAACAUCCACAGUUACAGAGAAGCGUUUGAGGAGAGAGAUAGCGUGCCAACCGGCCUGCCUGGCACAGCUCGAUCUCCACCUGGUCUCACCAUGACUCCACUGUCAGCCCUGGGGCUGAAGCCUCACAAUCCAGCCAAUGUCAUGCUGCAGUCAGCCAUGCUGGGUCACGAGCCGAAGAGUUACGUGGAGUCGAUCGCACGAACAGCGGGGCUCAGGGGAGGGCCCAGCGGUACUGUGAGCUAUAGCACAGAGCCUGCAACCAGGAACCCCUUCUCACUGAUGUCCUUCACCACCCCCAGCCCCCUGUCCACCAGCAGCCCCCUGCCCGGCCUGGAGAGCACUUUGCUGUCCAGUUUCCCGAUGGUGGACAGUACCGGUCGCUUGGCCUCUCCACACCAGUCCAGUCUGUCACACCCCUCCGACAGGGACUCCAGCUACCUGAACCUGACUCCCCCCAUCCACUCACAUGACACAGCCGGGACCGGCACGAGCCCCUCGUUGGCCAGCUAUCUGCAGGGUCCUGACUAUCCCCCCUCAGCUCUGCCCCAGGAUGGGCUGAUUGGUUCCCAGCCCUCCUUGGUGGGCAGCCAGGGCAGCCCCCAGACCCCGCACAGGACGGUGGGCACCAACACGCCCCCCAGCCCAGCCUACGGGAGGAGAAUGACGGGUGGUGGGGUCACCGCGCCCCCCGGGAGCCCCAGCUUGAGCAGACAUCCAAUGGGGGCGCUAGGUGGCAGCUCUCGGAGCCCUGUGCUCUCCCGACACGGGGGAGGGGUGGGGAGCUCUCCCCCCACCCCCAGCAGCCCCAGUGUGGAGAGACACGCUCUGUACGGACUCUCCACUCCCGCCUCCCACACAGAUGAUGGUCACGGGAGCUUCUCCUACCUGGUCAGCUCCUCCGGUUACCCAUCCCCCGGCACGCCAGCGUUCCCAGUCUCUCCGGCCUAUUACCUGCCGGACGGCAGCUCUCCUCGCCGAGGGAGCCCCGCGGGCACCUCACAGCCGCUGCUGCCGGAGAAGAGGAGGAUGUCCAUCGGGGAGCGGGCUGGGGGCUCCCCCAACUACUCCACACUGAACGGCAAACCAGUGACCCCCAGCCCCAGCACCGCAGCCCUCCACCACACGCUCUCCCUACACGAUGGAAGUCCUGAGACAAGAGCUCAGGUGAAGUUUGUACAGGACACGUCUAAGUACUGGUACAAGGCUGACAUCUCCCGGGAACAAGCGAUUGGCCUGUUGAAGGACAGAGAAGCGGGAGCGUUCAUCAUUCGAGACAGUCAUUCGUUCCGCGGAGCCUACGGCCUGGCUAUGAAGGUCUCCUCACCUCCCUCCAGCAUGGUGCAACAGAGCAAGAAAGGAGACGUCACCAAUGAGCUGGUCAGACAUUUCCUGAUCGAGACGAGCGCCAAGGGAGUCAAACUGAAGGGCUGCCCCAACGAACCGUACUUUGGCAGUCUCUCAGCCUUGGUGUACCAGCACUCAAUCACCCCCCUGGCAUUGCCCUGCAAGUUGAUGAUCCCGAGCCGAGACCCCGUGGAUGCACAGCCAGAGCCUGCGGCCUGCACCAACUCGGCCGGAGACCUCCUGAAACAGGGAGCAGCCUGUAACGUGCUGUUUGUGAACUCGGUGGAGAUGGAGAGUCUAACAGGUCCCCAGGCCAUCGCCAAGGCCAUGUCGGAGACCCUGAGCCUGCAGCCGGCCCCCGCCCCCACCGCUGUCCACUUCAAGGUCUCCUCACAGGGCAUCACCUUAACUGACAACCAAAGAAAGCUUUUCUUCCGACGUCAUUACCCGAUCAGCAGCGUCACCUUCUGUGAUGUGGAUCCACAAGAGAGAAGAUGGACCAAGUCAGACGGGGGACCUGCAAAGGUGUUUGGGUUUGUGGCCAGGAAGCAGGGCAGCACCACGGACAAUGUCUGCCAUCUCUUCGCCGAGACUGACCCUGACCAGCCCGCCACCGCCAUCGUCAACUUCGUCUCCAAGGUCAUGAUCGGCUUCCAGAAGAGAUGAGCUCAGCCACGAGGGGGGAGGGGAGCGAGGGGGAGAACAAGCCUGGCACACACACCAGAGGGCAAAGGGCACGUAGGAGUUUAAUCCACGGAUGGCAAAGAGCAAGUGUAAUAGGGCGACGUGGGGGGUAGAGAGGGGGUAUGCUGUAAUAAAAGGAAAGGAUCAGGGUGUGUCCUGUGGAGGGAAUGGGCAGAGUUUUACAGAGAUGAAAGAAAUGGGAGAGACGUGAGUGUGCCAUUGGCGAUGACGCCACCGAGCACACUAACAGGCGGUGUCACUGUUUUAUUGAGAUUGAUCUGUAUCUAGCAUUUCCCCCCACACUUCCCCACUCCCCCACACUGAGCUUCUGACACUACCGCUCACCUCACCACUGCCUCACCACCACCAUCCCGGCACACAGCCAAGUCUGAGGCCUUAGUUGUGAGAUUGGACUGAAUUGUGACAGUGAGUCCUGACAAUUCUGACCUCCCAUCUCCCUGGCUUGGAAACCUGUCUCAGCACUCAAGCCACCCACCUCCAGCCAGCCCACAGCGCCAGCCUCCUGUCUGUCACUCCUCACCAUUUACCUCCAGAGAAGCCCUACAUCCCGUCACUCCCUUCCCGGUUACCUACUCCCAGAGCCUCAGACGCCAUCAGAGGUAGACUGUUGUACCACAUCACCCCAGCAUCACUGUUUCCUUCUGCCAUGAAGACCACCAUUGCUUUGCCCAAGCGGGUGUCUGACACACACGGAAACCCAUCACUGUGCUUAAGAAUCU